UUGCUGAGCAGCAGCCAGUUGUGUUACUCCCCUCACCGAGCUCGGUCACUCUCGUCCUCUGAUCUGACUCUUAUUCACUCUGAGGCUCACAGGACAGAACAAACCUUUCCUCUCCUCCUCUACCUCCAGUCUUGUGUCUGACAGGAUUUCUUCUUUUUCUUUUACACCUAUCUACCUUUUGUCUCUCUGCCGGUUCCUUGGGCAUUAGUGGGGUGCCGGUGUGUGUGUGUGUGUGCGUGUGCGUGUGGGUGAGGGUGUGUGUGUGUGUCUGAGGGUUUCAGCAUGGAAGCAGUGGCACUGUACACAUUUCGUGCCACUGAGAGUGAUGAACUCAGUUUUAACAAGGGAGACAUGCUCAGGAUCACCAACAUGGAAGAUGAUCCUAACUGGUACACAGCUGAGCUCCACAACAGGAAAGGCUUUGUGCCAAAAAACUACAUCAACCUGAGGCCACAUGCAUGGUUCGCAGGGCGAAUAUCUCGCGGCGUGGCAGAGAGUCGGCUGAGACACAGAGAGUGUGGAGCCUUCCUCGUCAGGGAGAGUGAAAGCGCUCCUGGAGAGUUUUCAAUGUCUGUCAGUUACGGGGACCACGUUCAGCACUUCAAGGUGCUGCAGGACCGCUGCAGUCAGUACUACGUGUGGGACGAGGCCUUCUCCUCCCUCAACGAGCUGGUGGAGUUUUACCACAGCAACAGCAUCGCUAAGGAGAGGACAGUGUUUCUCAGAGACCCCGAGCAAUUCGCCAGGCGUCCCCAUCACGCCCAUGCUCUCUUCGACUUCAACCCCCACCACCCGUCGCAGCUGCGCUUGGUGCGUGGAGAUGUCAUCGAACUCGUUGACUGCUCUGACUCGGUACGUUGGAGGGGUCGCUGUCACGGACGAGUGGGCUACUUCCCCCCCGAGUACGUCCAGCCCAUUUAUCAAUACCAGUGACCCCAUAUGAUGACAAAGACACGGCCAUUACCCGAGGGUUUGUCCACCAGGCAUCGCGACCCCAAACUUCCACCCCGUAAAAAACAAACACUGCUCUCCUUCUCCACGGCUUCCCACUGACCUCUGGAGUGAAUGACUGACUGAGGCUUUAAUGAACUGAUUCCUCUUAUGUCCAGGUCAUCUCAGCUUUCACUCUCUUCCGCUUGAUUCUUCAUCUCAACGAUAAAAGUGACAGUCAAAAACGCACAUGAUCCCAGGCGUAAUUAUUCCUUUUAUCUUUACAAGAGUUGGUGAACCCUUGCCAAGGUGACAAGUGAAGGCCCCGAGGAAGUUUUUCCCUCUGCAGAUUUUCUCCAGUAUCCUUCAGAAGGACAUCCAGUGAAGAGCAGCAACUCUGAGGUUGAUUAUUUGUAAGGAACAUCUGGAGAUGACGACAAACAAACCUGUCGACUUCAAAGGCCAUUGUAUGAGAAGAUUGUCUGUUACAGGGAGUUUAGAUGCAAAUCUGACUGAGUUUUGCAUCUAAACUCAGAUGUGUGUGGGCAUGUAUGGUAUGUCUUGUAGAGAGUUGAUUAUGAACCACUAAAGGAAGUUCUCCGUAGUGCAGUGAGGACUCGGUUAUGAUACAGUAUUGAAAAUACACUGCUUAAAAUGUAAUGAGCUUAUUUUGUUCACCGUCCAUUUCUGUACAUGUAUUUAUUCCUACUCAUAUGUGUUCUAUAAAAAAGCAUAUAUUGUAAAUAGAAUUAUUCAUUACCGGAAGGAAACAUUUGACAACAUUUACAAUAUGAACUUGGGCUGAAAUCAAUUAAACAAAUUGAUACAUUUACAUCUUUGAACCUGUUCUCUUAGCAUAAGAUAAAUAAAAGAAAAUAUUAGUCCUCA